AGGAGCGAGUGGCGGCGGCGGCGGCGGCGUGGGGAGUGGCGUGGAGCUGAGCCUGGGGCUGCUGCAGAGCGGGGCCCCCGGCGUAGAAAAACCCGGGGGCAAGAAAGGAAGGCCAGGCCGUGAAGUCACUGAGCAACCAUUCUCCUUGGAUUUGGGGGAGCCUUGCCCCCCACCUCGUCUUCAGACGCCCCCUCCUCAUCCCCCAGCCCCGGCCGCUGACGGGAGGAGGCGGCGGCGGGGGACUGAGGGGCGCCGCCAUGCCUCUCCCGCGGUGAAGCGCCCCGGCCUUAAGGAGCCUCUCGGUCUCCCCGGUGAUGUCCCCCAGGCGGCAGGCGACUCACUCGAGCCCUGGGCGAUGGCAGAGGAACAACAACAGCCGCCACCACAGCAGCCUGAUGCCCAUCAGCAGCUUCCCCCCAGCACCCCCAACUCGGGGGUGGCUCUGCCAGCCCUUGUGCCUGGGCUGCCAGGGACAGAGGCCAGCGCGCUGCAACACGAGAUCAAGAACUCCAUCUGCAAAACUGUACAAUCUAAAGUGGACUGCAUUUUGCAAGAAGUUGAGAAGUUUACAGACCUAGAGAAACUCUACCUCUACCUUCAGCUGCCUUCUGGUCUCAGCAAUGGAGAGAAAAGUGAUCAGAAUGCCAUGUCAUCUAGUCGGGCACAACAAAAGCAUGCCUUUUUCUGGAUUCGGAAUACUCUAGAGGAACAUCCUGAGACUUCACUGCCCAAACAGGAAGUCUAUGAUGAGUACAAGAGCUAUUGUGACAAUCUUGGUUACCACCCACUAAGUGCUGCUGACUUUGGAAAGAUUAUGAAAAAUGUCUUUCCAAACAUGAAGGCACGUCGCCUGGGCACAAGAGGCAAAUCUAAAUAUUGCUACAGUGGACUAAGAAAAAAAGCUUUUGUUCAUAUGCCAACACUGCCCAAUCUUGACUUUCACAAAACUGGAGAUGGGUUGGAAGGAGCUGAACCUUCUGGGCAGCUUCAAAAUAUUGACGAGGAAGUUAUUUCUUCUGCUUGCCGUCUUGUGUGUGAAUGGGCCCAGAAAGUGUUAAGCCAGCCAUUUGACACGGUCCUGGAAUUAGCCCGCUUCCUUGUAAAAAGUCAUUACAUCGGCACCAAGUCAAUGGCAGCUCUCACUGUAAUGGCAGCAGCACCACCAGGAAUUAAAGGAAUUACCCAGCCUUCUGCUUUUAUACCUACAGCUGAAAGUAAUUCCUUUCAGCCUCAAGUGAAGACUUUGCCAUCACCUAUUGAUGCUAAACAGCAAUUGCAACGGAAAAUCCAGAAGAAGCAGCAAGAACAGAAACUACAAUCUCCUUUGCCAGGAGAAUCCUCAGCAAAAAAAUCAGAAGGCACUACAACCAAUGGAGUGACUAGUCUUUCUAAUGGAAAUCCUGCAAUCCUUUCUCCUCAACCUAUUGGUAUCGUCGUGGCAGCUGUCCCUAGUCCCAUUCCGGUCCAGCGGACCAGGCAAUUGGUAACAUCACCAAGCCCAAUGAAUUCUUCUGAUGGCAAAGUUCUUCCCCUCAAUGUACAAGUGGUCACUCAGCACAUGCAGUCUGUGAAACAGGCACCAAAGACUCCUCAGAACGUUCCAGCCAGUCCUGGUGGGGAUCGUUCUGCCCGGAACCGCUACCCUCAGAUCUUACCUAAACCAGCCAACACCAGUGCACUCACCAUUCGCUCUCCAACUACUGUCCUCUUUACUAGCAGUCCCAUCAAAACCGCUGUUGUACCCACUUCACACAUGAGCUCUCUAAAUGUGGUGAAAAUGACAGCAAUAUCCCUCACACCCAGCAACAGUAGUGCCCCUCUUAAACAUUCUGCCUCAGUAAACAGUGCUACAGGAACAACAGAAGAAUCAAGGACCUUUCCACAGAUCAAGAAUGGUUCUGUUGUUUCACUUCAGUCUCCUGGAUCCAAAACCAGUGGUGCCGGGGGAGCAUCUGCUGUGGAAGUCAAAAUGGAACCGGAAAUCUCAUCAGAUGAGCAUCCCGUACAGUGCCAAGAGAACUCUGAUGGUACUAAAGCUCCUAAAACAACACCUAGUGCCCUUUUGGGACAGAAAAGUAAUACCGAUGGACUAGUGCAAAAACCUUCAAAUGAAGGGGUCACUGAAAUAAAAGCAACUAAGGUCUGCGACCAGAGGACCAAAUGUAAAAGUCGCUGUAAUGAAAUCCUACCAGGCACUUCGACAGGCAAUAAUCAAAGCACUAUCACUCUCUCAGUUGCCACUCAGAACUUACCAUUCACCAGCACCAGCUCACCAUCUAAUGGUGACUCAAUAAAUAAAGACCCUAAAUUAUGCACUAAAAGUCCAAGGAAGCGACUAUCUUCUGUAUUGCAAGAGUCCCAGGUGCCUCCUGUAAAGAAACCAAUUGUGGAACAGCUUUCUGCAGUUACUAUAGAAGGUCAGAAACCAGGCAGUGUUAAGAAGGACCAAAAGGUUCCACAUUCAGGGAAAACAGAAAGUUCAACAGCAGGUGCUCCAGUUCCUAGCAAGGUAUCAAUAAAUGUCAACUCAAAUAUAAUGGCAAAGCAACCCUUGAAUUCUUCUGCUCUUAUUACCAGUGAUUCAGCUUUGGAACAGCAAACACCAUCAUCAUCUCCAGACAUAAAAAUAAAACUUGAAGGAAGUGUGUUUCUCUUGGACAGUGAUUCAAAAACAGAUGGCAGCUUUAAUCCAAAUGAAUGGCAACAGAUCACUAAGGAUUCUGAGUUUGUGUCCGCCGCCUGUGAACAACAGCAAGAUAUCAGUGUUAUGACAAUUCCUGAGCACUCUGAUAUCAAUGACUUAGAGAAAUCUGUUUGGGAAUUAGAAGGAAUGCCGCAGGACACGUAUACCCAGCAGCUACAUAGCCAGAUACAAGAAUCUUCUUUGAAUCAAAUACAAGCACAGUCUUCAGAUCAGUUACCUCUACAGUCCGAACUGAAAGAGUUUGAGCCUUCUAUUUCCCAAACGAAUGAAAGCUAUUUCCCUUUUGAUGAUGAACUUACACAGGAUAGUAUUGUGGAAGAGCUGGUGCUUAUGGAGCAGCAGAUGUCGAUGAACAAUUCUCAUCCUUACGGUAACUGCUUGGGAAUGACCCUUCAGAAUCAGUCGGUAACUCCAGGAGCUCCAAUGUCAUCUCACACCUCCAGCACUCACUUCUAUCAUCCAAUCCAUAGCAACGGCACUCCAAUCCACACACCCACACCCACACCCACACCCACUCCAACGCCAACCCCAACGCCAACCCCAACAUCUGAAAUGAUUGCUGGGUCUCAGAGUCUGUCGCGGGAGAGCCCUUGCUCCAGGCUAGCCCAGACCACACCUGUGGAUAGUGCUUUAGGAAGUAGCCGACACACACCCAUUGGUACUCCGCACUCUAACUGCAGCAGCAGCGUCCCUCCCAGCCCUGUUGAAUGCAGGAAUCCAUUUGCAUUUACCCCUAUCAGCUCCAGUAUGGCAUACCACGACGCCAGCAUUGUCUCAAGUAGUCCUGUGAAACCGAUGCAGAGACCCAUGGCCACACACCCUGACAAAACCAAGCUUGAAUGGAUGAAUAAUGGGUAUAGUGGGGUUGGUAACUCAUCCGUUUCCGGACAUGGCAUUCUCCCAAGCUAUCAGGAACUCGUGGAAGACCGUUUCAGGAAACCUCAUGCUUUUGCUGUGCCUGGACAGUCUUAUCAGUCCCAGUCCAGACAUCAUGACACUCAUUUUGGUCGUUUGACUCCUGUCUCUCCUGUGCAGCAUCAAGGUGCCACCGUAAAUAACACCAACAAACAGGAGGGUUUUGCGGUCCCUGCCCCUCUUGAUAAUAAAGGCACUAAUUCGUCUGCCAGCAGCAACUUCAGAUGCCGGAGUGUGAGCCCUGCUGUUCAUCGCCAACGUAAUCUUAGUGGAAGCACUCUCUAUCCAGUAUCUAAUAUCCCCCGAUCUAAUGUGACCCCCUUUGGAAGUCCAGUAACCCCAGAAGUUCAUGUCUUCACAAAUGUUCACACAGACGCAUGUGCCAACAACAUAGCUCAAAGAAGUCAGUCAGUUCCAUUGACGGUCAUGAUGCAGACAGCCUUCCCAAAUGCUCUUCAGAAGCAAACAAACAGUAAAAAAAUAACCAAUGUUUUGUUGAGUAAACUGGAUUCUGACAAUGAUGAUGCAGUGAGAGGUUUGGGCAUGAACAACCUGCCUUCCAAUUACACAGCUCGGAUGAAUCUCACUCAGAUUUUGGAAACUUCCACUGUUUUUCCUAGUGCCAAUCCUCAGAAUAUGAUCGAUUCCAGCACUUCUGUAUAUGAAUUCCAAACACCAUCUUACCUCACCAAAAGUAAUAGCACCGAUCAGAUCAGUUUUUCUCCUGGAGAUAAUCAAGCACAAUCAGAAAUCGGAGAGCAACAAUUAGAUUUCAAUAGCACUGUUAAAGACCUGCUGAGUGGAGACGGCUUGCACACCAGCCAGCGGCUGGUAGGUCAGGUGGCGUCUGACCUCGCCAGCGCCGUGUCUGAUUUCUCUAGUGAGAUCAGGUUGUCUUCUGAGCUCUCAGGCAGCAUCAACGAUUUGAACACUUUAGACCCAAAUCUACUGUUUGAUCCAGGUCGUCAGCAGGGACAAGACGAUGAAGCUACACUGGAAGACUUAAAGAAUGACCCAUUAUUUCAACAAAUUUGCAGUGAAUCCAUGAGUUCUAUGACUUCAUCAGGUUUUGAAUGGAUAGAAAGCAAGGACCAUCCUACUGUUGAAAUGUUGGGUUAAAUUGUGUUUUAUAAUAUGUAGCACACUGUAUCUAAAGACAUAUGUAUUGUAUUUGUCUUAAUGGAAGUGCCUCCCGCAGCAGAAACACUUACUAUUAAUUGUGACAUUUUAAAAGAGUUUGCUGCAGAAGUGGUUUCUUCUUCAAUAGGAAAUGGUUAGACUCGCCUCAGUUCUUUAAAAGUUUCUGAAAAGACAGUAGGCUGUAGAACAAGUAUUAGAUUUUAAAUUGUAUAAUGUUCCCCAUUUUAAUCACAUUGUUUGCUAGUAAACAAUUGACUAACCAGCUUUUACAAGAGCAGGCUAGAACUUUAUUUUGUGUAAGUUCAUUUUAAUUCAUUGGUUGAUCUACACGAUUUAGAGGAAGCCAUUGAUUUUAGGCAUAGGCUUUUUUGUUGUUGGCAUUAUCUUUUAGGUAAGAAAUCAUAGGUAAGGUGAAUUGUAGACAAGAAGUUCUUGAAACAGGGAUAAUAUUCAGGUUAUUAUAAGUAUUUAGGCUUGAAGCAUAGAGCUACUGUAGAAUGAAAAAUCUCUGUAGGACUUUCUGGGACUUCAGUACCAUUUGCACCUGCAAUGAAGGGCUUAAAUAGGAAAAAAAUAAGGAAAAAUUAAAUACUAAUUUAAGGAAAGCAAAAGCUGCACUGUAAUUUUUAAAAGGAAAAACUAGUAGCCAUUUAUAUUUGUGACCUUGCAUUAAUCUUAUUUUAAAAUACUGAUUUUUAAUGUGGAGCCAGCAUACACGCAAGUAAAUAAUUCCAAACAUUGUAAUUUAAUAGAAUAAGAACAAACAUGUUAGAAAAAAUAUUUUGUUAUUUGGUUAUUGAGAUGGAAUUUAGAAGGACAGUUAAAGCUUUUUUUUUUUUAAAUAUCAUCACAA